AUGAAGGCACUCACUGCUGUAGUCGGCCUCAUCGCGGCCGCCGAGGGUGUCGCGAUUGGGAAUGCGGAUAUGAGAAAUGUUUUCCAGUCUGUCCUCAGCUUAUCCGAGCGCCCGUCAUCGAAGCCGCCAAACAUUCUGUUUGUGAUCACCGAUGACCAAGAUCUACAACUCGACUCAAUCUCGUAUACACCGCACAUCCUGAAACAUAUGCGCGACAAGGGCACAUCGUUUACCAACCACUUCGUGACUACCGCACUCUGCUGUCCCUCACGGGUCAGCUUAUGGACUGGACGACAGGCUCACAAUACCAAUGUGACCGACGUCAGCCCGCCGUAUGGUGGAUAUCCCAAAUUCGUGGAUCGCGGAUUCAAUGACAACUUCUUGCCGGUCUGGCUACAAGAGGCAGGAUACAACACUUACUAUACGGGGAAGCUAUUCAACGCCCACACAGUCGAGAAUUACCACAGCCCUCACGUCAAUGGAUUCAAUGGAUCCGAUUUCCUGCUCGAUCCAUUCACCUACUCCUACCUGAACUCCACAUAUCAGCGCAAUCAAGAUCCGCCCGUGAGCUAUGAAGGCCAGCACACGAUGGAUGUCAUUACAGGAAAAGCACUGGGCUUCUUAGAGGAUGCCCUGGACGGGGAUCGGCCGUUCUUUGUGGUGGUCGCUCCUAUUGCCCCUCACUCGAAUGUGGACCCAAGCUCCCUGGGUCGGCAUGACCAACUCACCAUGGGUGCCCCGAUUCCAUUGGAGCGACACCAACAUCUAUUCCCCGAUGUCAAGGUGCCUCGUACCGAAAGUUUCAACUCAGACAAGCCUAGUGGGGUCAGUUGGGUUCGGGAUCUACCACAACAAAAUCAAUCGGUGGUUGAUUACGGUGACUUGUAUUAUCGUUCGCGACUGCAGGCUCUGCAAGGGGUUGAUGAGCUCGUGGACUCGCUUGUUACGCGUCUGGAAGAGAGUGACCAGCUUGACAACACCUAUAUUAUCUACACAUCCGACAACGGAUUCCACAUCGGACAGCACCGGCUGCCACCAGGUAAGACCUGCGGCUUUGAGGAGGAUAUUCGCGUCCCUCUAUUCAUUCGGGGCCCUGGAGUUCCCGAGGGAUAUGUGCAAGACUCAGUCACCACGCACAUUGACCUUGCCCCGACCAUUUUCAACCUCGCAGGAAUCCCCCACCGGGAUGAUUUCGAUGGAACUGUUAUUCCUGUAACUCCUGACUUUGCGGGUCCCCGACACGAGCAUGUUACUGUCGAGUUCUGGGGCAACGCUGUUUUUGAAGGAGAUUAUAGUCACAUUGGUAUCGGUGGCAGUAUCUUGCUCCCCAAUAACACGUACAAGUCAGUUCGCCUGUUGGGAGACGGCUACAACCUAUAUUACUCUGUGUGGUGUAAUAAUGAGCAUGAACUUUAUGACCUUUCGACGGAUCCUUAUCAAAUGAACAACUUAUAUCCCAGCGGCCCUGCUGUGCAUGAGAAUGAGCCUCAGCUUCUGGGCCGAAGACUAUCACAAACUAUCAGCCGACUCGAUGCUCUCCUGCUCGUCUUGAAAUCGUGCCAGGGAUAUACCUGCGUCGAGCCAUGGAAGGUGCUUCAUCCGCAGCACUCCAUCCGUACCUUACGAGAUGCUCUAGAUGAGCGAUAUGAUCUAUUUUAUCAGGCACAGCCGCAGGUUGCCUUUGAUUGGUGUGAUGCGGGAUACAUUAUUGAGGCGGAAGGUCCUCAAGCCCCGUUGACUACUCGAUACGGUCUUCCUUGGGAUAUUUGGGUGUAA